UGUAAAAUGGCGGCUAUAGUUUUGAGGAGGGAUGUCGCAAAAUCUUGUCUUUUUUCGUUUUCAAGACCCAAAAUAACUACGAGAACCACCUAUCACAUUUGCUGUAGACAACAGUGUUUACAAAGAAAUUUUCAUUCAGGUAUGGUGUGGACUUAAGACUUGUCUAUUUUUCAAACCCAAAAAGUAACAAAAAUUUUAUAAUCAACCCAUACGGUAAGCUUAUUUUCAAGCUUAUUGAGAAACGUACUUAGAGGAAAGUUAAUUUACGGAUACUAUCUCUUCUUCCCUCACCUAGUAGAAGAAUGGGGAGUGGGGGGUGGAGGGCAUCAACCCCCACCCCCCUUGGUAGGGGACACAGCCUUGAGUUUUGCAAGUGCUCAUACAACCCAGGCAUCAAACUAUUCCUGAUUCAAUAUUUUUUCCUUGUUUUUUUCUUUUUUUUAAGGAGGACCUUUUUUCACCAAGUUACCGCUUGUACAUCAUGAAGGUUUCAGUUGCCAGUGGCCAGAAAAACACAGAUUUAAAAUGGCAAAGUUUGUUAAAGUAAUGGAGUGGAUUGUCAAAGACAAACUAUUAGACUCAGUACAAGUCUUUCAGCCCACAGAACCUUGUUAUGAGGCAGUUACACAGGUUCACACUAAAGACUUUGUGGAUAGUUUUAUCAAAGGAAGCCUUCCCUUUGAUGAAAUGCGGAAAACAGGAUUUCAUUGGUCUCAAGGCCUAGUGAAAAGAUGUUUUCUAGAAGUGGGUAUGUAAUUUUUUGACGAUGGUGAAAUUGAGUUUUUCCCACAUAUAUGUGAAUAUGUGUGGGACAAAGGAAAAAAUGUUGAGUUCUUGACAGGAUUUGAACUUACGACCUGCUGAGCACCAGACAGGAACUCUAUCCUCUGAGCUAUGAAGACUCAUGGAAACCAGGGCUAUAUGCUACGUUCAAAGUUCACACAUGCCCUGCAUACUGAAAGGAUCAGCAAUGUCUAUAGCAUACUAAAUGAAAUGGAGAAAGAUUGUGAAUUUUAAGGUCGGUGACUGAAUGUGAAAGUUGUGAUAAUCAGCAUGUCACGAGCAUGGGACAAAGAGAAAAUCUAGAGUCCUUUGCAGGAAUCAAACCAGAAGGAACUCCUGAACACGUCAUAGGUGCUACCCCAGAGGGGAGGGGGAACUCAAGAAAGUUAACUUCAGGGAGGCUCUGCCCUGAGGUCCAACUCCCAUAGCCUUUUAUAUACCACUUUUGACAGGAAAGGUAGCUCAUAGCCUGCAUAGCAGGUGUCAAAAGGGGUUAGGGCAUUGGGAGGAAGGAAAAAAAGGAGAGGAUUGGGGAGACAGGGUAAGGGAUGCCUGCUAUAAGAACCCUCUUUUGCUCAUUUCUGAAUUCCUGAUUGGCUGAGCCAUAAUGGGUAACUUAUUGACGUGUAUUAGAAACCAAAAUUGCAGAUUUUCCUAGCCUUUGAUAUACUUCAACCACUGAAAUUCCUGCCCUUUUAUAUACCUAUAUCCCCCUUCUGCUGCACCCAUUGUAACUUAUAGAUGUAGUUGGAACUUCAGUGAUUUUCUAGAUUUUUUGAAGACCAUUUGACAACCCAUCUAAUAUGUCCAAACCCACCACAGUCUCAGAACAUUUCCUUACUAAUGAUCAUUCUGCUAACAACAUUACACUUAUUCCACUCAAACUCAUUAAAUUCAAUAGAGACAUUGUGUGAAAAACUUGAGAAGCAUACCUCAUUGAGAGAUGUAAAACUCUUGAACCUUUAGGUAUUAACAAGAAGGAUGAGAUGUAAUGUAUCCUUUCCAUUGUAUUUAUUUAUACUAUUUUUACGUUUCAUCCUUAUUUAAGAUUGUAUCAUCUUAGCUAGCGUACCUAGUCAUUUGUACAUAAUGCCUUGAAUAACAAAGGCUGUGCUUUUUGAAAUACUGGCAACAUAAAAAAUCUAUAUAUUUCCAACUGUAAAAUCAGCCUUGCUUCUUGCCGUUGUGGUUCCCCUUUUGGGUGGACCUCCCCCUUAGGGGAGUGCUACAGAGAGACUCAUGGAUAGCAAGACCAUAAACUAGGCUCAUAUUUGACCCGCAUAAUGAAUAAUGCUUUUUGUUUCUCCAUUGAAGGUGGUACUAUACUUGCAGCUAAACUAGCUAUGGAGUAUGGACUUGCUUGUAGCACAGGCGGAGGUACUCAUCAUGCAUUCCCUAGUCAUGGCUCUGGUUUUUGUAUUUUGAAUGAUCUUGCAAUCGCUGCUCAGGAUAUGAUUGACAACAAUACAGUUAACAAAGUUCUUAUUGUGGACCUAGAUGUACAUCAGGUAAAUUAACGCUCCAUGAAAUUAAGAUAUUGGAAAUUAAAGUGACUCAAAUCAACACCAAUUUAGUGGAAAUGACUUUUGAAUGAAGUAAAUUAACGCGAAAGAUGGGAAACAUUUCAAAGAAACAAAACUUGAUGAGACAGUAGGAACAAAGUUAAACGUAUAAUCUGAAAUGGAAACUUUGUUCGUGGUUCUUUCCCUAAACGUCCAAAAGGGAUCAAGCGAAGAAAUCUGACCACUUUUAAGGGUUCUUCACAGUUUUACUGAUACUUUCGGAUCUUUACCCUGUUAAAAUACUUCUUUUUCUUCGGCGUAAAGGAUGUCAAAACUGUAUCGACAAUUUGGGGCUAAAAUAAUGGGAGUUAAGGUCGCGGAAGUGAAUCAAAAAUUCGCGUUAAUUUCCUGUGAUAAGGUGUAUAUACAUUGUGUAUAAGCUGGAAAGAAACGGAUCAAAAUGUACCACUCACUUUAACAGUCAAUAACAAGAGUUUUAAUAAUGAAGAUACACAACUCAAUUUGACUCUGAAGAAGACUAAAAAAUCCGGUCAAUGUCAACAACAGUAACCCCCUGCAGUAGAACCGUGUUAACUCGUACUCUGAAGGGACACAAAAAGCAGUUCGAUUUAGGGAGGGGUAGCAGGGGCGGAUCCAAGGGAGGGGCAAUGGGUAGUCAUUUUUCAUUUUUUUAAAACCUGACCUGUUUAUUACACCAAUUGAAAUCAAAUUACUGUAGUGCCGACAACUUUGUCCAGAAGAGCUAAUGGGAUAGCAUCCGAGCGGAAAGAACCAGCGUUGGAGUUGUCCGGGUGAAUUUCAGUGAAUUUUUGAUCAAGUGAACGGAAAUUUAGUUCGCGUUAGCGGGGAGUUCGAGUUAUCCGAGUUUUACUGUAUUACUAUCGAUUUUAAAAGUAGUGGAAGUAUUUCAUUGCUGUUUUAAAUUUUCUGAUUUUUUAGCGUUGUCCUGUUUCUUCAGGGAGAUGGUACGGCUUUUAUCUUCAAGAACAAUGAUUCAGUCUUCACGUUCUCUAUGCAUUGUGAGAAGAACUUUCCUCUUAGAAAACAGCAAAGUGAUUUAGACGUUGGUCUAGAGUGCGGCUUGAAUGACAAACAGUAUCUGAACACAGUAGAGGAUUAUUUACCGUGGCUUCUUGACUUAUUUAAUCCUGAUCUUGUGUUGUAUGACGCUGGAGUAGAUCCACAUCAAGAUGACGCUCUAGGGAAACUUAAUCUCACAGAUCAAGGUAUAGCCAAGGAACGUUCAAUUAGCAAUAGAUGGCUUCAGUAUUUGGGCGUUUGUUUCACAUUGUUGUGCACUUGUGUUGCCCGAUUUAUGGUAGACGAUUUCCUAUAGACUCGGCUAUUGCAUGGGAUGUUGUGUAUAGUGACAUAUAUGUUGAGACCAGGAACAAUAGAACGCGCGGAAACACCCCCCAACAACCCCGAAACAUUUCGGAAAACCGGCAAAUAAAAUCAGAAACCUGAACACAGUCUAUAAAGUAAUCUAAAACGUUCUUUCUGUUCGGUUUAGUCUUUUGAACUGUUCCAGACUGUUGCCUGUUCCGAGUUUUAGUACCUGUGAUGUAUAGAUGGGAGGUCAACUAGCUGGAGAUUUGUCACAAGAGAAGAGAGGAUUGUACUUUUAGAAGUGUCAAAUACAUAUAACCGUAUAUAAAAGUCCCAAACACAGCCAGUGGCAAAGUGUGUCAAAGCCCUGUUUGAUAAUCCAUUUAUGAGGCAGCAGGGGUAGCUCCCAAAAAAGACUGUGAUGCUGUUUCGGUGGAGGUAUAAAAAAAGGUGUGUUUUUAAACUCAGUUGAUAAAGUCAACCUUGCUACCGUAAAAGUGAUCCAAAGCAAAUUAUUUGAAUGUCUUUUUGUUGGCAAUUUUUAUUGUCUAGACUCAGUUGACAAAACUAAAUUGUUGUAUUUAUGUGCUAGGACUGUUUGAACGGGAUGUGACUGUCUUACAAACGAUUCUGAAAAGGAGAAUUCCCUGCGCUACUGUGAUUGGUGGAGGCUAUGAUGACGACAUCGAAGUUCUCAGCAGACGGCACUCCAUUAUUCAUAGGGCAGGAAUUAAGGUGGGUGUGACGUAA